AGCGACGUCACCUCACCAUAGAGGUGCUGCAGGAUAGCGAGCGACGCCAUAAGAGGCUGAUGUGACCGCGCUGCCACCUGCUGGAUGAUGGGGAUACUACAGGACAACUGACAACCGCCGCAGCUAUGCUCCAACGCCAACACCAGUAGGAGGACAGGUUCAGUGUGUACUACUGCUGUACAACUUCUUUGCAUAAAGACACAGAACACUGCUCUGGUAGAUCACUAAAUAAAGACUGCAAGAGGAUAUUUUUAAUAUGUUGUAUUCUGUCCAGACUGAACGUGCAUUAGAUCACCGCCCUCCCCCUCCGGUCGCAAGUUCCCAGGCUAUGGAGGAAGCUUGGUCGGCCUCCUUUGAAGCGCAGCGGUGACGAGGUGAGCCGCAAACAUCAGCUCGCCAUGGCAACCAGUGACGCGCUGACCGGAAGUGACCCGGCGGCUUCACUUCCGGAAGCCGGGACGCGUGGAGAGGCGACGGCAGGGAGCACUUCAGCGGGUAUUUAGGUGGGAUGAGAAAUAAACUUGACCGGUCCCAGGAGCAGAAAGCCGGAGAGAUGUUUCAAGCUAAAAUUCCUACCACAGCAGCCACAGGGCAUGAUUCUCCUUGCAGUCCGUCAACAAGUGUGGUCCAGAGGUCAAAGUCUUUUAGUGUGAAGCCCCCAGUUAGAGAACUCUGCUCAUCCUGCCAGACGACCGUGUAUCCUAUGGAAAGGCUGGUGGCUGACAAACACAUCUUUCACAACAGAUGCUUUUGUUGCAAGCACUGCAGUACCAAACUGAGCCUGGGAUCCUAUGCUGCCUUGCAUGGAGAAUUUUACUGCAAGCCUCACUUCCAACAACUUUUCAAGAGCAAAGGGAACUAUGAUGAAGGCUUUGGACGUCGACCUCAUAAGGAUCUGUGGACCCAUAAGGAACAAGAAGCACCUGGUGACAACACACCUUGAGGGUGCAGAUCAUCCAUUUCUCAAUUGGGUCUUAGCUUCUCUCACCCACAAUGCACGCGAGGUUGGGCCCUUUAUAUGCCUCAGUGUGGCUUGUUAUUUUUUUUUUUUUUUCGUUGUUGCAGAUAAAGGCACUUUCUAUAGGAUGUAGCUUAUGCAGUUAACCCCUCCCUGGGUGGCGGAGGCUUGCUGCAAAAGGACAAGUGAUACCACACCACCUUGGCCAUUAAUUUCGUAAUACGAUAUCCUCACCCUCUAUUAGCAAUUCCUUCUUCCAAUUUCAUGUAUAAACUUCAAAUAUCUCCUCCAAUGCUGGGGCUGUCCUUCUAGGCACAUGUGGUCUCUUGAAUGUGUCUGGGGUAGGGUGCAGACGAGUGAGAAAGGGUAUCACACUUGAUCGUAAUCCACAGCAGCAAGUUGUGCAUUUGCACAUUCUUAGUGAUCACCCAAUUUUGCUACCUUUUUGAUUUACAAAUCUCAGGGUGAUGGCAGGGAACAAGACUGUAUCCAUCUUGCAGUGAAAGCAUCAAUCAUAAUUCCUCAGAAUACACCAAAGUAAAAUUGCUAUAAAGUGUGGGUGACUGCUUUUAUAAGGCACAUGGUAACAGGACAGCCAUACCCUUCUCUAUGCUCUUAAUGACCUCAGGGGACAUGCACUUCUGUUAGUUAGAAUUCAGAUUCCAGACAUGCAUACAUACACACAAAUUGGCCUUUCCGAUAUUCCGCUUCCUCUAUUUCGUAAAGAGAUUGAAACAUUCCUUAACUCUACUGCUGGUGGGGACAGGAGCCCCUCUCUGCCAGUAUAAGAGUUACUAAUUCUCUGCACUGGUUUUGGGUGUUGUUUACAGACUGUUUAGAACCUCUGAAUACUCGCAGUAAGACUUGAUUGUAUAAUAAAAGCCUCUGUAGGACAUGUUGCUCCCUCUUUUUGUUUGUAGAGCUGCAAUGCAACUUCCAUAGCCCUCUCGCCCUAGCAGUACUCUGUAUAGUAGAACUGGGUUUAUAAUAAUUGACUGAACAAUCGCGAGUAUCGGAUAGUUCAGGAGGGAAAUGCCCCUACAUCAGUCAAUCACAAGAGAACAUAUUAAAAUGUACAGUUGGGUUUAUUACAGUGAGGAUAAAAGCAUUAGAAGUCUCUCCAUUUUCUAUACAGAAUAGAGGCAAGCAUUUUGUGGUGUUGGUUCACUGGAACCCUAAUGUUCGUAGCGUCUGCUUUUUGCGCAUACAUUUUCUUGUUUGUAAUCGAUUAUCAUUGGUGCAUCCUCCUCUGUGAUACAUGAAUGGUUUGUUUGGCCUUUAAGUGUGUUUGUUACCUCACAAAGUGAGACCGCCAUUUUAUGGCUUACCAUUUCACUAGGAACCAGUGUUUAAUAUACCUACCAACAAUUUGUUAUACAGAAUCAGGACAAUUUGAAUACUCACCUCCCUGGGUUUGGUUAAGCAAGCCUCAAACAAUCUUAAAACUUGCCCCUUCUGGUUUACAAAGCCUUUAACUACUGACAGGUGUGCAUCUUUGCGUGCCUUAAUGAUGUUGCCAAGUGAUGGAUAGUAUGCAUUCUUAUAAAUACUGGUUCAGACCCCAUCUAUGUGUAGGUGAUAAACUUACAGUACAUCUCAAACAUGCCAUGGGGCAAAUGUAUUAAGCCUGGAGACAACAUAAAGAAGUGAUAAACCAGUGAUAUGUGUAAGGUGAUAAAGGCACCAGCCAAUCAGCUCCUAACUGUUAAUUUACAUAUUACAGCUGAUUGGCUGGUGCGUUUAUCACCUUGCACAUUUCACUGGUUUAUCACUUCCUUAUGCCUUCUCCAGGUUAAUACAUCUGCCCCACUAAGUGAGAACUUUAAAUGUAGUUAAUACACUUACAAGUACUGAAGAAUUAUUCAAAUGAAUACCCUGUUUUGAAGGUGGCUCUUAAAAGGUCAUGUACAAUUAAUGUAAAAGAAAUCCGCAGUAAUCCCAAAAAACGUGUGCAGCAGAUAGUAGUGUUCAUACCUUUAUUGUGUUGUGAGUAAGCAAACACUUGACAAUGGCGGAGAGCAUUUCCAAGUCUACUGCUAAUUACUGAACACCUCCAUCUAGUGGUGAUCUGCACAGCUACAAGCAGCUGUAGGAUUUCUGGUACUAGUCCCUGGAGGUGGCCUAGUUACAGCAGCAUUAUCCUCUUUUGUAAAAUAAAACUCAGGGUUCAGUCUCCGCUUCUCAACACAUGAAUGGUGAAAAAUGAAUUCGAUAUACGGUCUAGCAGAAUUUUAGCAUUCUUUGCCUUGUCCUGCUCCCUGUGCCCAAUGGGCUCUGUGACUUCAUUUGUACUGUAUGGGUGCUUGUCCACUCCCAAAGCAUUUAAUCACUUUCAAACUGAGGAUUAUUCCAGUAUGUGACUGUUCUGUAAUACAGGGUAAUUACAUAAAAUGAUUUAUUCAAUUUGUUUAA